GGCCCAGGAACAAGGACAUGAGCCAGGACACCUACAGUGGCUUUGAGCGGGACGUGUUCAGAACAGUUGCUGAUUAUUUUCUCAGUCUUCCUGAGCCAUUGCUUACUUUUGAAUACUAUGAGCUCUUUGUUAAUAUCUUAGGUAUGUAUGAGUUUAGAAACCAUCAGGGAAGCUCUGAGUUCAGAUCAGCUGGGGACAAAUGUGAUUCAAAGCAGAGCUCGGCCUCCUGGUGUGUGUGGGAGCUCCAGUCUGAGGAGGAUCAUCCCUGCUCCAUUCUGUAUUAGUGUUAAUUAAAGUGGACUUCUGCCUCAUGAUUUCCCAUUUAAAUUGCUGUUUCAGCUCACAUUCUAAAUAUUCAAUAACAAGAACUUCAGAAGGUGUGCUUGUUCUGCCUGCUCCUCACUGUUGCAGUGUUACCUGUCUUUGUUCUUGCAUGUUGGAUGCAACUGCCUUGUUAAAUUGCUUUGGGACUGAACUAAAGUCUUCUUAAUUAAUAUCUUAAUUAAUAUCUUAAUUAAUAUCUUGACUUUGUUGUCUGUCUGCCCAGUUAGCAGCUCUCUGAACUGGUUCAUUUUCACACCACUUGCACCUUUAACAUCUCUUUCAUUCCCUGAUAGUUUUGUGUGGCUACAUCCAAAUUCCUGAUCUGGGCAGUGGAAAUCGUUCUGUCCAAGAGGAGAAAUGUGACCCUCAGCCUUCAAAACCUCCUCCCUUGAACUCUUUCAAGUCCACUGAGUGUCUUCUCCUAAGCCUGCUCCUCAAAGAGUCUGACAAGAAGGAGGAAGGAGAAGCUUCCAGGAGGUUUUCCUCAGAGGAGCUGAGAGCCCAAAAGCAGCACGGGAAGAAAUGGCAGCAGCACAAACUGCCACGGCAGCAAGGGAGUGCUGGGAGCCUGAUAGGAGGGAGCUGCCAGAAUCUUGCAGGACCCAGGAAUGCCCAGGAGCCACCUGGAGCGUUUAGGACAAGGUGUUACUCCUUGGAGAGAAUUGGAUGUGAUAAAGGAGGACGUGCCCCGCUCAGGGCAGGUGUGAGCGCCAGCUCGAGCAGUGCAGAGCGUGCUGUGCUGCCUUGUGCGGCCUCACUAACCCUGCUUCCUCACCUCUGCCACUCUGCUAGCACAGGCACUGAGCAUGCAUCUGGGGGUUCUAAAGGAAAUCUGCUGGCAUUACUGUUUAGGCUGCUGUAGCUCUGCUAACUGUGUGUAGUAUCUUUGGAGUAUGAGCUCAGUCUGUCAGGGAUUGGCCUUUCUGCUCAGGUGAGUGAUGGGGACAGGGAACCUGCACACACCUGCCUGUUGGAAAUGUCUUCUUCUAUUCUGUAAAUCUGUAUUUUCUGGGAAUAAUUAGUGUCAGUCCUUAGUUGUAUUGUGGUCCUAAUUGCACCACAAUGGAGGAAGUUGAAGAUGACCACACAAACAAAGGCCUGUACAUUCUCCUCUGAUUUCUCUGGAACAUAAAUAAUCACACAGAAAAAUAAGAAAUCUGUGAUACUGAGGUAGAAACAUGCCGGAAGCUGGUUCAGAUCUUAAUGCCAGCUGUCUUUGUGGUUGGCUUGCAGACCUGCUGCAGCCUCACCUGGAGAGGGUUGCAGUGGAGGCCCUGCAGAUCUGCUGCGUGCUGCUGCCCCCGCCGAGGCGCAGGAAGCUGCAGCUGCUGCUCAGGAUGAUGCACAGGAUCAGCGGCAACGUCGACAUGCCACGGCUGCACGAUGCCAUGGGCACCAGGUCCCUGCUGAUCCAGACGUUCUCGCGCUGUGUCCUGCGCUGUGCCCAGGAGGAGGACCUGGACGAGCUGCUCUCCACACGCCUGCUGGCCUUCCUGAUGGACCAUCAGCAGGAAAUCCUGCAGGUGCCAGCUUACCUGCAGGCUGCUGUGCAGGAUCACCUCGAGUUCGUGAGGAAGGCUCAGUGCAAACAGGAAAAAGAAGAAAUUUGUGCCAUCUUGCCAACGUAUUCCUACUGCAAACAAAUCACUCCUCAGGAGUUUGAAGAACAAAAGGUCUCCACCUCCCAGGCUGCAGUGGCAGAGCUCCUGGAGAACAUCAUCAAGGAUAAAAACCUCUCUGUGAAGGAGAAAAAGAAAAAGUUGAAACAG